UUUUUUUCUUUUUUCUUUUUUCUAAAAAAUGUUGGCAUCUUCGAAUCUUCCAAUAGUUGGACAUAGAUAUUUUUUCUUUAUUAUAACAUUUCUUAUACUUUAUCUUUCAAUUUCGUAUAUAAUAUCAUGUUUUCCACAUAUUGAUAACAAAAUAACGAAUAAGAAACAAAUAUCACAUAAUGACAAAAUUUUAUCUUCAAAUUCUCAUUCAUGUCUUGGACCAGAAUCUAAUGAAGAAAGGUAUAUGACAUAUUUACCACAUAGUGGAUUUCAUAAUCAAAGAAAUAUGCUUGAAAAUGCAGUUUUCUUAUCUUGGGUAUUAAAUCGUACAUUAAUUAUGCCACCAAUUAUUUUUACAAAGAAAACUAUUAUUCCACAUCGUCCGUAUAAUAUAUUAUAUAGUAUGAUAACUGGUAAUAUGACUAAAAAUGUGAUAACUUGUAAAAAGAAAGGAGUUGAAGAUAAAAAAUGUAUGUUUACACAAUUGGAUUGGGAAGAAUUAAUGGAUUUUAAAUUUAUAAAAAAAUAUAUUCGUUAUAUUCAUCGUGAAGAUCAAAAUUUUAAUGUAAAUGAACUUUAUUCCUUUUUAAAUAUUACGAAACCAGAAAGUCAAGUAUUUACUUUGGCUGAAGAAACUAGAUAUGAUUUUCAAUUUUAUGAUGAUGAAAAUAUUACCGAAGUAUCAGAUGAUCAAUUUGAUCAUCUAAUUCAUUUAUGUUCUUUACAAAAACGUAAAGAAAAACUUAUACAUUUUGGUUCAAUUUAUCAUUUAAAUAGAUUUAAUUUAAAAUUUAAAGAAAAUAUCGAUUUUCUUAAAUCUGUUAGAGAAAAUAUGAUAAUUAAUCAUCCUGUUUUACUUGAUAUUGGAGAUAAAAUAUCUGAACAAUUAGGUGGAUUAGGUUCAUAUAUUGGUGUACACUUAAGAUUAGGUGAUAUGGGCUUUGAUAAAAAAUUUGGUCAAAAAGCUGAAGAAAAUGUUGAUUAUAUUACAAAAUCAUUAAUUGAAGAUAUUUCAUCAACACCUAAUGAAUUAGAAGAAAUUGAAGUUUCAAAUUCAAAUUUCGUUUCAACAAGUACUAUGAUAGAAGCAGAAAAGUGUUUACAAUCAAUUUCUCCAGAACAACGUAAUUUUCCAAUAAUUUAUCUUGCUAGUGAUAAACCACGUAAUGAUCGUAGAUUAAAGAAAUUUCUUAGAGAAUUUCCUUGCGUAUUUAUGUUAUUUUCAAAUUUUGAAAAAUAUUUGGAUCAAUUAAAGAGAGUAAAAAAUCCAAGAGAUGGUGCUUUAUUAUUUAGAUAUUUCGUUCCUUUUGUUGAUGGAAUAGUAGCUGCUAGAGGUAAUAAAUUUAUUGGUACACCUGAAAGUACUUUUUCAGAAUAUGUUACAAGAUUACAUGAACAUUGGGUAGGAUCAUAAUAAUUUAUUUAAUUUAGUACGUAAGUUAAUAGGUUUUUUUUAACAAAUUA